AUGAAAGCUCGGAGUUCGAAAGUCAUCAAGAGACGUCUGUCUCCAGAAACACUCGAGCCAAUACGCCAACGUGGAAUCGCACGAGCUGCAGCCAACGGCGAACUAACGUCCGAACUUGUAAAACAAUUCAGAGAGGCGAUAAAAGAAGAUCUUAGAGAGAGAAGAGCAGCAGCUAUGGCCGAAACUACAGCGGCUGCGAAUAGCAUUCACAAAGCCCACCGAAGCUUCGCCAAUUACAAGACCAAGAUGAUUGCACUCCGACGCCCAAAGGGAAGAGUUACAGCGUCCGGAAAGGCUAUGGAGAAAAUCAUCCACGAGUACUACUCAGAUCUGUUCAUUCAGUCAUUGACUAAAUCCCACAAAAACGAUGCUCAUGAGGAACGUAUUGGUUUCGUAUGCCCCAUUCGCGUCCAAUGGAACGAGUAUCUUCCUGUUACGUUUAUCUAG